UGACAUUCCAGCCACACACAGUUAUCCGCCCUCCAUGCUUUGGAGGAAGCUUGUGUGUGAUGCUCUUGGCCGUCACCUGCGCCAACACAUGGGAUGACCUGUGCGCUCUGGGGACACUGCCUGGCAGAGACCAGAGCUGCAGGUGGUCAGGGGACAGCCUACUCCGGAUGCCGUGUUAGCUCUCAGCCUCAGUUUCCCUACCUGGAAAGCAAGGCUCACAGCGGACAAGAGAAUGACAGCUCAUCCUGUGACCAAACGGUGCCAUCCCUGAGAUGUCCAGGCACAAAAGGUCGGAUAGGUGGCCUGAAUAAUGGCCCCUACACAUAGCCUUUCGGUGCCUCAAUUUCCCCAACCUCAACAUCUCAAUCCGUAGGGCACUUGUGUAGCAUGCACGAAGCCCCGAGUGUCAUCCCUAGCGCUGGGAGGCAGAAGCAGAAGGAUCCAGAGUUUGGGGUCACCCUUUGCUGCAAUACUAACUGCAGAGCGCAGCAUGGAGGCCCCGAUCUGACAGGCACCAGCCUAUUCUGGGGGGAUCGAUGGCCAAGUGGCUCCGGGAUUAUCUGAGCUUUGGCGGCCGGAGGCCCCCUCCGCAGCCGCCUACCCCAGACUACACCGAGAGCGACAUCCUGCGGGCCUACCGCGAGCAGAAGGACCUGGACUUUGAGGAUCCCUAUGAGGACUCCGAUGGACGCCCCGAGCCAGAGCCAACCGGGUCCGGGGACCCCAAAUACAACUCUCCCAGGCACCGGCUGAUCAAGGUGGAGGCUGCGGACAUGGCCAGAGCCAAGGCCCUGCUGGGCAGCCCGGGGGAGGAGCAGCCAGCAGCAGACCCGGAGUACUCCGACCCCUUUGAUGCCCAGCCCCAGCCGCCAGCCCCGGAUGAUGGGUACAUGGAGCCCUACGAUGCCCGGGGUGUCUUCAGUGAACCGCCAGGCAGAGCCGUCCAGCUGUACGAUACGCCCUACGAGGAGCAGGACGCAGAACCGGAAGAUGGAGCGGCUUCCGGCCAGAGCCGGCUGCCCCUGGAGGAUGAAAGGCCAGCGGAUGAAUAUGACCAGCCUUGGGAGUGGAAGAAAGAUCACAUCUCCAGGGCCUUCGCAGUACAAUUUGAGGGCCCUGACUGGGAACGCACCCCAGGUUCCAUGGAGCCCCGAAGACCGCAGCCUGCAGAGCGUGUGGACACAGCCCUGGCCCUGGAGAAGCAGCCAUGGUUUCACGGCCCCUUGAGCCGCGCUGAGGCCGAGAACCUUCUGUCCCUCUGCAAGGAAGGCAGCUACCUCGUGCGGCUCAGUGAGACCAGGGCGCAAGACUGCAUUCUGUCCCUCAGGAGCAGCCAGGGUUCCAUGCACCUGAAGUUCGCGUGGACGAGGGAGAACCAGGUGGUCCUGGGCCAGCACAGCGGGCCCUUUCCCAGCGUGCCAGAGCUGGUCCUGCAUUACAGUGCCCGCCCACUGCCUGUGCAAGGCGCCGAGCACCUCGCCCUGCUCUAUCCUGUCACCAGCAGCCAGAGCUCCUGAAGGACCUACACGUCAGAGAGGAGCCGGGGGACCCAUGGCGCACAGACUUCCUCCAAGCCACCUUUAAUUCCCUCUGGUGGGGUACUUCAGACCAACAAAACGCUCUCAGGACUUGUGAGCCAGCUUGGUGGGUGACGAAAGGCACUUGCUGCCUGUCUGCCAGGCUUAAUCCCGGGAACCCACAUGGUGGCAGCAGAGAGCUGACACCUGCAAGUACUCUGAUUUACACACGAGCCACACGCCAUAAAUUAAUAAAUAAAUGUAAUAAAAAAAAACAAAAUUUAAAA